UUCACAGAGACUCAGGCAUAUGUUGAUCCACAUUCAUACCCAGCGUCCUUCUGGUCUGACAUGGAGGCACUAGGACUCAUCAUCCGUAGCUGGAUGUAGCACUGCAGUGUGCUGGAUGGAGAAGUGACAGCAUUGUUGUACCUGGAAACUUUAGCAGACUACAUCACAAUGGAGUUUGGAAAAAUUUGGUCUAAGUACCAGAAGACAGUACUGAUCACUGUAAUGAUGUUCAAACUAGGUCUCCUGUGCACAGUCACAGCCGACAUGUGUCUUUCUUCUCCCUGCCACAAUGGUGCCACGUGUCUUGACCAUCUUGGUGACUACGUGUGCAUUUGCCCCAAAGGGCCCGUGUGGUAUAUGGGUAAAAACUGCGAUGAGCUAUACAAUGCCUGUCUCCUGGCACCCUGUACAAACUGUACAAGCAACCUUGGGACUGAUGAGUUCACCUGCCACUGCCCAGAUGGCUUCACAGGUCUCAACUGCACCCAUGAUAUAGAUGAAUGUCAGAGCAACCCUUGCAAUGGCACCAAGUCCCUGUGUGUCAAUGAAAUCAAUGGCUAUUCCUGCCACUGUGUCACUGGACUAGGAGGCAACGACUGCCAGAACAAUGUGACCACAUGUUCAGAGGAAAGAUGCAAAAAUGGUGGCACCUGUUUUGAUGUUCCUGACACUGGGCAUUUGUGCCAAUGUGCUCCUGGGUACGGGGGAACAAACUGUGAGGAAAACAUUGAUGAAUGUUGGUCUGAGCCCUGUAAGAAUGGCGCCAUCUGUAAAGAUAGGGUCAAUGGCUACCAAUGCUUCUGUGUGCCUGGUUUCCAAGGCUACCACUGUGACCUUGACAUCAACGAAUGUGCAUCCCAGCCCUGUCAGAAUAACGGCACCUGUCUGGAUAAAGUGGAUUACUAUAAUUGUGACUGUGUUCCAGGCUUCAAAGGGAUCAACUGUGAGGUGGAGAUUGAUGAGUGUGAGGUACAUCCCUGUCAGAAUGGUGCCACGUGUCGCGAUUACGUCGCUGCCUACGUGUGUGAGUGUGUGGCCGGCUUCCAGGGUCAAGACUGCGAGGUCAACAUCGACGAAUGUGCCAGUAUUCCUUGUCAGAAUGAUGGCAGGUGUAUAGACGAGGUUGACAGCUAUAAAUGUGACUGUGAUGGAACAGGGUUUGUGGGCAGCCACUGUGAAGACGACAUCCCAGAAUGUGCUUCUGACCCCUGCCAGCAUGGAGCUACCUGCCUGGAAGGAGUCAAUCAUUACAAGUGCCUCUGUUGGCCAGGUUACAAGGGAGAGAACUGCCAGGUUGAUAUCAAUGAGUGUGACCAGCUACCCUGUGAAAAUGGUGGUGAGUGUUUUCAGCGCUCAGAAAUGGAAAACUACAAGAAGCUGCCUGAACUUGCUUCUACCAACUUCAGCUAUGAAGAGGCAGAUGGUUUUAUCUGCCACUGUCCACCGGGAUUCACAGGAGAUGUCUGUUCAGUCAAUGUGGAUGAGUGUCAGUCUGCUCCAUGUCAGCAAGGAGGCAGCUGCCAGGAUCAGGUCAAUUCAUACCAGUGUAUCUGCCCAGGUGGCUUCAUAGGUGUGCACUGUGAGGUGGACAUCAAUGAGUGUGACAGCAGUCCCUGCCAGAACGGUGCCACAUGUGAGGAUGCUGCUAACGCCUAUCGAUGUCACUGCCCACUGCCAGAACCGGGACAGGAGCCCUGGGGUGGGCAGGACUGUGACAUUCGCCUGGUUGGCUGCGAGCAGAACCAGUGUCAGCACAAGGCCGAGUGUGUCCCCAAGCUGACUGAUAAAGGAGAGCAUGGCUACAGCUGCCUGUGUCCCUACGGCUGGACGGGGGAACUUUGCAACACCUCCACCACCUUCUCCUUUAACUCAGAGGGCUAUGUUCAUAUGCAGCUGCCCUUUUCUAAAAACAGGAACAGGCGGGAAACCGAGCAUAAGCACGGCCUCUACAUGCAGCUUCGAUUCAGGAGCACCCUUCCUGACAUGGUUCUGUUCUUUCGGGGAACCAUGGAUCAGUUUGUGUCUCUCGAGCUUAUCGGUGGCUCCCUUCGAGCCAAGGUGAAGUCAGGGAAGGUACUUCAGGCCACGCACCCUGGUCUAGUUAAUAACAGCGACUGGUACCAGGUCACUGUGACCAUGGACGAAACGCUGGUUAUGACUGUAACUGGACCUGGCUGUGAUAAAGGGUGCCAGGUAAAAGAUGAGGGCCACAACCACCUGCUGUUCUUGCAGCUCAGUUCCUUUCAACAGCUGUACAUAGGAUUGGUACCGCAGCAAUAUUUAGGCCAGCUGUCCAGCAAGAAGGGCUUCAUUGGCUGCAUGGAAGACUUUCACGUCGACCACAAGCUGCUUCUGCCUCAGGACCUCAUCAGAGAGGAAAACCAGGGUUUGGAACUGGGAUGUACCAAAGCAGACUGGUGUGAGGAGGACCCAUGCAUGCAACGUGGGCGCUGCAUGGACAUGUGGGUUCAAGCAAGUUGCCAGUGUCACCGGCCCUACUACGGAGAAAGCUGUGAGAAAGAAUUUCCAAUCUGGACCUUCGGUCAUGAGAACUCCAGUAGCUACUCCACAUUCAAUAUCACAGAAACCCACGGAGACAACUUCACCGUUUCCUUUUUGAUGCGCUCGCUCAAACCCAGCGGCCUGCUGCUGCAGCUUCACCGGGAGAGCCAGCCCUACCUCACAGUCUACCUCAAGGAAGGCACCGUUGCUCUUUACAGCCCUCACACCACACUGCUGACAGAGGCCAAGUUGGUCGCAGAUGGAAACCGUCACUUGGUGAUCAUAAAGGUGCAAUAUGGCCACGUGGUCUUCACCAAAGCAGGGAACCGCCGUGCCUUAGGGAACGUGACUGUAGAAGCAGGGGACAUGGCAUUUGUUGGGGGGCUUCCUGCAGGUGUGAGCAUGAUCGCCUGGGGUGGAAGCUUCAAGGGCUGCCUGCAGGACAUCCGGCUGGACCACAGACAUCUGACCACUGAUGUUCCUCCAGAGGGAGCUGAUGUUUACCUUGCCAGCACACAGGAGAAUGUGCUGUCAGGAUGUCAGAGUGACAACACGUGCAAGGAUGAACCCUGUCACAAUGGUGGAGAGUGUCGGAUCACCUGGAACGACUUUAGGUGUGACUGCUCUGUUCACUACUCAGGCCGUCUGUGUGACACACGUCUGUGGUGUGUGGAGCAGCCUUGUCCUGACGGAGUGCGAUGUGUUGACCUGCUGGAUGGUUAUGAAUGUUUAACUGAAGCCAUCUUUCAGAACAACUCUCUCCAGUAUGUCGCCAACAGCUCCCUGGUGGGUCCUGUGACCAACAUCACCAUGGACAUACGAACACGGGAUGAGAAUGGAAUGUUGCUGAGAGCCACCAGCAGUUCUGAGGUCUUCUGCCUCGGUCUGCUUAACUCGUCUCUGUUGGUCAAACUGCACACUGGGCUGCAUGCCGAGCUGCUGGCCUUCACCAGCGACCAGACCAUUGCAGAUGGAGGCUGGCACCGUGUACAGCUGACAAUGGUUGACCCUGAACAGUCAGCAUCUCGCUGGCACCUCAAUGUGGAUGGGCGAAGAGUAGGCGGCAGCUUCAGCAUGGGUGGCAACCUCAACUUCCUCAACCAUACCAAAAUCUGGCUGGCUGAAAAAUAUACUGGCUGUUUAGGGGAGGUGAGGGUGGGUGGAGUCUACCUGCCCCUCACCACGGUGCCAGAACCCCCUCAGCUGAGCCGAUUCUCUAAAGUGGGAGGACAUGAACCAAAAAAAGGAUGUCAGGGUGAACCUGUUUGUGAUUCCAACCCCUGUGGCAACCAUGGCGAGUGUAAGGACCAGUUUAAUGACUUUAACUGUAGCUGUAAAGCAGGAUGGGAGGGAGAGCGAUGCGAGGCCGAGGUAAAUGAAUGCUCCUCAGCUCCCUGUGCUUACGGGACAUGUAAAGACCUCAUGGCGGACUACGAGUGUGACUGUGAACCUGGAUACAAAGGGAAAGACUGUGAGCAGGAGGUGGAUAACUGCCUCGAGUUCAGAUGUGUAAAUGGAGGAACCUGCAUCAGCACAAAUGAAAGUCACACGUGUUUAUGUCUCUCUGGCUACGUCGGAAAACGCUGCCAGUGGCGUUUUCCUCCAGCGGCAUGUGAUGUGAAGACGCAGUGUCUCAAUGGAGGGGUGUGCAUAGGAGAUGACUCAGGAGGAAACUGCACCUGCAAGCUUGGAUACACAGGAGCCAGGUGUGAGACAGAAAUAGAUGAAUGCGAGUCUAACCCUUGCGUCAACGGAGCCACCUGUCUGGACAGACUCAACCACUUCCAGUGUGUGUGUGUGCGUGGAUUUACCGGCAAACGCUGCGAGACAAGCAAAAAGGAGCACCUCGAACAAAUUCCUUGGUUGGCGGUGGCGAUUCCUCUCACCACUCUGUGUGUGUUACUCAUCAUCCUCGUAGUGUUUUUCCUCAUUAUGACAGCCCGAAAGAAGCGUCAGUCGGAGGGUACAUACAGCCCCAGCUCGCAGGAGGUGGCUGGUGCUAGGCUGGAGAUGGGCAGUGUCCUCAAAGUGCCCCCUGAGGAGAGGCUAAUCUGAGGCCUGCAGACCUCUUUCUCAGCCUUCCAGACAGUGGAUUCAUAUGUUUAAAGGGUAAAGAGGACUGAGAUGAGUCACAACUUCACCUGAGAGGUGGACGGGUAGGAACCAGUGACUGAGCGGAGCAGUCUCAGGCUUCAGGCUUUCUUGUACAGUCCUUGUGUCAAAAGGACUGUAAAUGUCCCCACAUAUGUUAGGAAAGGAAAACAAUUUCAGUUUUAAAUAUGUUGGGACCAAAAUCCUGUGUUCCGAACAGGACUUAAGGAGCAUAGACAUGGGGAUACUAAAAAAAAAAUUUAGACUGAGCAGUGAUUCUCUGCAUGAAACUAUGAAAGAGCAAGUAAUUUAUCAUUUAUGGUUGGAAAGAGAAAAACAUGAAUGUAAACACUGGAAAAAGACACCAAACCAAUUCAGCUAAGUUACAGGUUCAUCUGUAUCCAUUUCAGUUGCCGACACAUGCCUUCUAGAAUAUACAUUUUACAUUAUUUCUAGGUUAUUGAGAGAAAAUAUUUAGAUCCUGGCUUUAUAUGGUUAGAGAACUCCAAUCCUAACCAAACUAAUCUUUCUUCUUCUACUGGAAAAAAUGUGUCUGGAGAAAUGUGUUCCUGACACAAACUUCAUAUUUCAGUCAGAGCUGUUUUAUUUAUUAAUGACUAAUAGUCUUGUGCACUAGUAAUGAAGAUUCAGCUACUUUCUCCGGGCGGUUCCAUGUAUUUACAGGAUUAGUAUCUACAUUGAUCUGUUUAGUUAGUGCAUUUCAGCCUCCUUAUGUUUCCGGUUUUAAUGUCAGUGUAAAUUUGUAGAUGUCUUAUGUGAGGGGUGUGAAUGGACGUCACUGUUGCCUGUGCAAGAGACAAAGAUGUCAAUAACUGUUGUAUUUUUCUCUGAAUGUGCACUGAGGCUUUACAGUCUAACCACUCGGACCAUCCUUAGUUAAUCUGUAAGUAUUCUGUCAAUGUUCAUGUUACUGCAUCUUUGCUGUCUUUUGUAAAUUUACAGUAUGUGUUAUCUGUGAUGUAAAGGUUCACUUCAGUGUGUUUUGUUUUAAUGCUGGUCUAAAAAAGUCCCAUCAGUAUUUGUGAACACUCCAAGGGUCAGAAACACAAUGCUAGCAAAAAAUAGAGUGUAUUCACUUAAUUUAUGAAUGCCUGCCAGUGCAGUUCAUGAAACCUGUCUCUCUGUGUGAAGACAGAAUAGUAGUUAGCCUACCUUAGCUCACACUGAUCACUAGACUAGAGAACAGCUGCUCUAUGAUCACUGAUGAACACAAUCAAUUCUUAUUGCUAAUGACUAAGGUUUUUAACUCAGUUAUCUAAACUGCUUUAUCCUCGUAAGGGCUGGGGAAGUGCUGGAGCCGAUCCCAGCUCUCUUUAUUAGGCAGCUUAUGUCAUUAUAGUAACAGUAAAGUGGCGGCCGUUGAAGAUUAUCAAUGCUUAAAACAUGAAGUACAUUUAAUUAUUUUAAGUAAUUGCACUAACUACUUUAUGACUACUAAACAUAUCUCUUCUCACUGAAAGAAAGGAAAAAAUGUUUUUAAUGAGUCGUCAUCAUGCUGUGAGCCUGGCUGCUGAAAAUAAAAUCACGAUCACAAAUACUGAUCAGACUGAUCACCCUGCAGCUAAAGUGGCUGACACAUUUAAGCCCUUUAUGUAUGAAAGUAUGGUGCAACUUUUUUCUUCAACUUGCCUUACUUUCUCCUCUCUCUAGUGCUGCUAAUUAGAAUCCACACUGAUAUGCUGUAACUGUGCUACUUUGUCAAAGGGAAACCACGGGCACGCUAAAUAUGAAUUACACAUACACUGGUCAGUGCUAUUAAAUGUGUUAAAUACAUUGUGAAAUAUUGAGGAUGGCAUAAGAUUAUGAUCUGGACAGUAGAAGUAGUACGUAAGUUGGUGCUAAAUAUGCAAUUCUACGCUUUUGUUUCACCUAAGUAAGAAUAACUCUUUGUAUGGAGUUUGAUGUUAACCUUAGGUAAAUCAAACUCUGCAUGUCUUCCAUAGUUUUGAACUAAUUACUUAGAAGGCUGUUUCUGUUGAUGGCAUCUUAACAUCAACCAGAACAAAGAACCAAAUAAAGGAGUAAGAGACACUGAACUUACAGGAUGACUCUGACUUGAAAUGGCCAUGUAUUCUAAAUAUAAGCUGUCAUACUGUAGCUGGCAGUGCACUUCUACCUCACACAGUCUCCUUUAAAGUUUUCUUCAUUAUUAUUAGUCUUUUGUGUUUGCUUUGUAUGGCUUCAGAUAACAAAACAGGAUUGCAAGACUUAUUCUUUACUCCUACUAGUUUUCCAAUGAAAUGUCAUUUGCUAUUUGCUCUGUUAAAAUGGCUGCAGGACAUUUACAGGUAUACGCAAGCUGUGCCUUUAUGUUCUCUUGCAUCCAUUAACUUUAAGAAUUGUGUGGUUGUUUUGAUGUUAUUUGUUACACAAUGGAAGCGGAUCUACACAAAGUUCAUGAUAAAUCUCUACCAAUGUGCAGUUAAUUAUGGAUCAGUGCAGGAUGCAGGAGCUCUACUCCAAAAUAUGAUAUUACACCUUGGUCAACGUUAUCUAAUGGGUUAUGCACUGAUGUAAACCACUCUUUAACACACAUUUGCAAUAACUUUGAGCCAUUUUGUUCAUUUUAGACCAUCAAAAUUAAGUGUUCUGGCGUACACUAGGUAAUGGUUUGCAUAACAUGUACUGUACAUGUAUACUUUCAAAGUUGAUAGCUUGACUCUAUUUAGUAUAUAAUGAAAUAAAAAUGUUGGUGUGUAAAGCGUCCUUAACAGUAUUAAGUACGUACAAAAGUACGCACACAAUACAGUAAAUUUAAUAGUUAGGACUACAUAAUGAAAUAAAUUAAAACCUAUAGAAAGAGUAAAACAUACAAAAAAAUGACCAUGAGCUCAGCAAUUGUAACACUGAUGGUUAACCUUCGCUGAAGAGGAGUGUUGGGUCUAAAAUAGCCACAACACAUACGGUGAGAGACGAAGACAACAAAGCACAACAAGCUACAACUUUGUUUUACUUGCAAGGGGAGCCCGCCUGAGGUCUCAGAGUUGUAAGGGCUUCACCCAGAAACUGCCAACUCGGACUCCGGCGAGCCCUCCUUGGUGCAAGCUUUUUGUUAGAAAAUGGGGCACGUCUUGAAGUUGCAUGAUAUGGGCGUAUGGUAUGGUUACAAUGAAUACAUUAAGAUUAUACUGAAGACAAGAAAAUUCCAUAUAAGGAUGAAACACUUGAUUGAUUUGCAUAAGCAUAAGUAUAGGCGUAUAUCAUCAUGAACUGUUCAACCCUAAGACUGCUGACCCUUUUCUGGCUUUUCCAGCUUACUCAAAAUAAGUCAGCAGGCCCAAACCACUUUCUGUUUCUAUGUCUGUGUUUAGGGUGCAGCUCCAGAAAAGUCAAUCAACCUUGUGAGUGAUCAUAAAUCAGUCAAUAAAUCAUAUUUACACCAACAA